AAAAAAAGAAGAAAAAAAAUCCGUCCAAGUCCAGUUUUCCCGAAAGAAAAUUCCGCUGCCGUCCCCUCCUCCUCCGCCUCCGCUCGAGAUCUCGAUCCCGCCAUGUCUGCCGCUUCCUCCCCGGACCCUCCUCGGUCUCCGGCGACCUCCGCCGCCGCCGCCGCUUUGCCCGACCUCUCCAUCCCCCACGACCUAGCCACGCGCGGACAGUGGCAAGCGCUGCUCGCGCACCUCGCCCACCCCUCCCGCACCCACCACCCGCACCACCGCCUCCUCCUAUCCGCGCUCUCGGCGCUCUCCCUCGCCAAGCUCCGCCGCUUCCCCGACGCCGCCGCGCUCCUCGCAUCACUCCAUCCUGACCCCGCCUGCCCGCCGCCGCCCUUCCUCCUCCGCCUCCUUCACGCUCUCCUCCCGCUUUUCUUCCCCGACCGCCCCCUCGCGCUCGACCGCCUCUACACCCUCCUCUCCUCCGUCCGCGCCCGCCCCGACGCCCAGCAUCCCGAGUGGCGCCGUCGUGACGCCCUCGUCACGUCCCUCCUCGCCUCCGAUCACCUCGCCCACCGCGAGUUCGAUGUUGCCCUCGCCCUCAUCGCCGACCUCGCCGCCCGCGAGCCAGACAACCCGGUCCUGCUCUCCCGCCUCGCCUAUGCCCACCUUCAGAUCGGCAACCUCGCCGCCGCUUCUGCCGUCUUCCGACACGUGGAAUCCGUCGCGGCCAACGACCCCUCGCACGCCAACCUCCUCGCUCGCAACCGCGCCCUCGAGUGCAUCGUGGCCAAGGACUAUGCGGCGGCAGUGCGGGAGUACGAGCGCUGCCUGGAGGUGGACCCUGCGGAUGCCAUCGCCUUGAACAACAAGGCGCUGUGCCUCAUGUACUCGCGGGACCUCGGUGACGCCAUCAAGGUGCUUGAGGGCGCGCUGGAGAGGGUGCCCACGGCGGCGCUCAAUGAGACGGUGGUGGUCAACCUGUGUAGCAUGUACGAGCUUGCCUUUGUCAACCACAGCGAGGUCAAGCGAACCCUGGCCGACUGGAUCACAAGGGUGGCGCCUGACGACUUUGAUAAGUCCUGCACACGAAUGUAGGAGGGGACUCAUGCUUACAGUUCUGUCCAGAUAUUGGUUGGCACCUUGAAGAAGGCCUGUAAGCUUGGAAAUUCUGCACCAUCUAUGCAAGUGAUCAGAACGUCUCUUGCUUCUAUGGUCCCUUCCUCUAGCUAAUCAGAUUCAAACACGUUCCAGAUCAAAGUACAUCUUCCGAAGUGCAUGUAUCCUUUGGUUGCAAAUACUUUUCUGCAGGCCUGUUUAAUGGGGUACAAAGAUGUGGAUUCAGAAGGGUAGUGAUGUGAUAGAUGAUCUUGUCUAGCGGUUGGCCUAAUGUCACAAUCUUCUGAACCUGGAAACCACAAAGCGGGAUGACAAGGCUGGUGGACUGGUGCAUGGGAGGGGAGUGGAGAUUCAGACACUUGAUGUUACUUGAGCAUCUGGUAUGUACCAGUUGCACUUGAUCUGUUCUAAUUUUGCACUUCCUUAAUUUUCCUAUUCUACUGUACUUCACGUUUUUAAUAGAACCAGUUAUGUCCAUUUUCUGUUUUUUGUCCUUUUGUUUCCUGAGAGAUCGACUUUAUUUCCUUUCAAUGAUACAUUAGAAACAGAAGGUGAUAGCACGGUGGUUAAUUGAUUUCAACUGGUCCACACAUUACUAUUUUCCCAGUGAAAAAACCAAAGGGACAACAUCACAAUGAAGAUCUGAAAAGUGUGCAGCGAUGGGAGGUUCUUGCCGAAGAUGACAGUGAUGCUUCAUUUCUCGAGGGCAUCGCAGAUGCGGGCAUCAUCAUCAGGAACAUGCCGCUAGUGCAGAGGAAGCAGAAGUGCCUGUGUGUAUGGAUGGAAGGUAUGUGGUUGCGCUCAAGGAAAGGAAGGGAGUGUGGUUGCGCUCAAGGAAAGGAGGCUGGAAGUGCCAGAUCUUUGCUUCGGUAUAUCUUCUCUGAGCUGAAGGGAUUGUUCAGGCUUGGUCCAAACGUGCGAACGAUUAGAAGACUUAAACAAAGUAACCCAUGAAUUAGCUCAGUUAGCUAGGAAGAAUAAUUCUGCUGUUUGGCAGCCUGUCUCCCCUCCUGCAGCAUAAAUGUGCUUCUGCAUAUUGAUUGUAAUCAUCUUAUUUCUCGAUCAAUAAAGCUCACGUGAUAUUUCGAAGA